UAAAUCGAACGUAUUAAUACAACCAGAUAAUAAUAACAAUAAUAAUAAUAAUAGUAAUAAUAAUAACAACAUUGGUCGAGCCUUUCCUUUUUCGUUUACUUGUGUCUAGUGUCUACCGCAGACUCGUAGUGUCGACGGAAAGUCACAUCAUGAUCAGCAGUUGCAGUGGUCGUUGAACAAACUCGAGAAAUGUCGGACGGUUGUCGUGGAAAUUUUUGUCGUUGUCGCAUCCGUUGUUAGUGCCUAGCGAAUCUCGUCGAGAUGGCUGUACCAGACGUGAAAAUUCCGGCUCCGCCGCCUGCGCAGGAUGACGAGGGCAUGAAAGGGUGGCUGUUCAAGUGGACCAACUACAUCAAAGGUUAUCAAAAACGAUGGUUCGUCCUGUCCAAUGGAGUACUGUCUUACUACAGAACUGAAUCUGAAAUAUCACAAUUAUGUCGUGGAACAAUAAGUUUGCAUGGAGCUACAAUACACACUGAAGAUUCAUGCACAAUUGUUAUAUCGAAUGGAGGUGCUCAAACUUUUCAUCUCCGUGCAACCAGUGAAGUUGAACGACAAAGAUGGGUUACUGCUUUAGAGUUGGCUAAAGCUCGUGAAGUUGUACAAAUAAAUCCUGAUAGAAUCAAAGAAAAGGAAUUGAGUGCAAAUUUAGAAGUUUCAUCUGUGGUGUCUGCAUUAAAUACAAAAUUAUCAGAACUGCGUUCACAAAGUGAAAUUAUAUCAAAACAUAGCAAAGCUUUACAAAGAUGUUUAACAGAUCUGGAAACUAUAGAUUUACCUCCUGAUGUGUCUACAAAAAUAAAAGCUUGGAUGGAACGUGCAAAUUUAAUUCGAAUUGCUUCUGUUGGUAUGGUAACUAAUUGCUCAGAGUAUUUAGAUUUGGCUCAAAGUCAAGGUAAUAAAUGGCAAAAGAUGUUGUACAAUGAACGGCGACAACGUAUACAGUUAGUAGAAAUGGUUGAUCAAAUUGCAAGGGAACAGACUGUUUUGGAGCAUGUAGCUAAUAAUGACAAACAAGGGGAUUCUACUGAUGAUGAUGAUGAUGAUGCUUCAGACAGUUGUGAAUUUUUUGACGCUCAAGGUAGUGAUUCUUUUGAUGUAACCACAAAUAGUUAUCUAGUUAAUCAUCAAUCUCCAAGUAUUAUUCAACAUAAAUCUCUUUCAAGUACACAGACCCUAGAAAAACUUGUGAAUGAAGAACUAGAUUGUAGUGGUGGAUCUAGUAGUGAUAUUGAUGAUCCUGCCGAAUCUUCUGCUAUAUUAACAGCAGCAAUUUGUUCAUCUGGUUUAAAAACUGAGCGUGAUGACAAUAAUAAAUCUUGUAGGAUGUUUCCACAACUUUCUGAACAGGCGAAAAAAUUGCUCGAAGAAGCGACUAAACUUCCGUUGAAACCAGGAGAUAAAAGAAGAUGUAGAGUGCCUGACAAGCCAAAUCAUCCAUUGCACAUUUGGAGCAUUUUAAAAAAUUGUAUUGGAAAAGAUUUGUCUAAAAUACCAAUGCCGGUUAAUUUUUCUGAGCCAUUAUCUAUGUUACAAAGAAUUACUGAGGAUUUUGAAUAUUCAGAUAUAUUAGAUACAGCUGCUCAAUGUAAGGAUCCAUUUGAGCAGAUGGCUUAUGUUGCUGCAUUUACAAUAUCAUCUUAUUCCACGACUGUUAAUAGGACAAGUAAACCUUUUAAUCCAUUGUUGGGAGAAACAUAUGAAUGUGAUAGAAUGUCAGACCUUGGUUGGAAAGCAUUUAAUGAACAGGUCUCACAUCAUCCUCCAAUUUCAGCACAGUUCUGUUUGGGUAAGGAAUGGUCCUGUUGGCAAGAAUUUUCAAUGUCUUCAAAAUUCCGUGGGAAAUAUUUGCAAGCUAUACCUAAUGGUAUAGCUCAUCUUGAUUUUCCAGCAUCUGGUAAUCAUUAUACUUGGACUAAAGUAACAACUACUGUUCAUAAUAUAAUUGUUGGAAAACUAUGGGUCGAUCAAACUGGUGACAUGACAAUAAUUAAUCAUAAAGAUGGCACAAAAUGUCGUCUAAGCUAUAUCCCUUACAGUUAUUUUACAAGGGAUCAACAAAGAAAAGUUAAAGGAUAUGUUUUGGAUAAAGAUGAUGAAAUUAAAUGGGUCGUAAAUGGGACAUGGGAUAAUAAAGUCGAAAUAGCUCCUGUUACUAAAUUUGAGGGCCCUAUUGAAAGUCCGACAUGUCAAACUGGAAGUUAUAUUAUGGCUUGGCAAAGACAAGCACCUCCGUUAGUACUAUCUGAUAGUGAAAAAUACUACAAUUUUACCGUGUUAGCAAGUCAACUAAAUGAAAUGGAAGAAGGUGUAGCACCAACAGAUUCACGUUUGCGAUCAGACCAACGGUUAAUGGAGUUUGGUCUUUGGGAUGAGGCAAAUAUUGAGAAAUUAAGGUUAGAGGAAAUGCAAAGGGUUAGAAAUCGUAAAACUGGGACUGCUGAUUCUAAUCAAGUCAACGAAAACGAAGAAGAUGAUGAUGAUAAUAUCCAAGAAAAUGUAAACAGCACUGUUAAACCAUUAUGGUUUAAACGAGAUGUGUGUAAAUGGACAAAAAAACCUUGUUACAAUUUUACACAUGAAUAUUGGGAAUGCAAACAAAAAAAAGACUGGACUAGAUGUCCAUCAAUAUUUUAAAUAUAUGUGAUAAUUGAUUUAUUUUAUUUAGUCUAAUCUAAUAAGCAACAGUUAAUAAUGAGAUACCUUGUUAUGCUGAAAUCCUUAUCAAUUUAAUGUCAACAGAAUUACCAUAGAUUUUUAUAAUUAAGAACUCCAAAAAACACUACAGGUCUUUUCAUUUUUGUUUUAUUUUCUUAACUACUACUUUAUAAUUAGCUACUUUCAAUAUUUUUAUUCACAAUUUAAACUCAAGAUCUACCAUGAAAUCUUAAAAAUUAAA